UUUGGAUUAUUGUCUGAAUAUUCGGCUACAACCGGCUUUCAAUCAACUAUGUGAAGGGCUAAAAACGUUACAUGUGCUGGAGUUUGUUCGCAAAUACCCUACCAAGAUGAGAACAGCAUUUGUGAAACCAGAAGCCAAAUUAACUGCUGCUGUUGUCAAAAAAAUGCUCCAGUUUAAAUUCAGUGAUGACGAGAGACAGAGAAUCAAGGAAGAAUCAAUGUUGUGUCACUUACUAUACUAUUUGGACAAUUUGGAAGAUGGAAAGUUGGUUAAUGUCACUCUUGAGGACUUUUUGAUCCUACUAACUGCCUAUCCAAAUGUGCCACCAGGAGGUUUUCAGAAGAAACUUACAAUUGAGCUUGACCAUAGCACUGCAGAGGGGCUUCGCCCUUAUCCAUGGGCAUCCUAUUGUGAUUUGCGACUAACUCUGCCAAUCUACACAUGCCAAUACGCGGAUUUUGAAGAAAGAAUGUCAGAGGCAUUACAAACAAAAAAUUUUGGCAGAGUGUGAAGUAUAUAUUGUCUGAUGGUUUGCAUUAUUGCAUCUAUUUUUAAUUGACUUUACAAUAAUUAGCAUAGAUGCAAUUCCAUCCGGUACCUACAUGGUAAAAUGGGUCCUUUGCAAGCAAGAGAUACAGCCAAAUAUAUACACUUGUAACAGGUAAAAUCGCACGGAAAUCAUGUUGGGCACGCUAAAGUAGUCUGAAAUCCAUUCCUUAGCGCACAAUCUGCGUUAUUUGUAACAUACUUUUUCAAGUUUCUCGUGUCUGUGGCCAGUUUUUCUCAGUCAUUGCCGACCAGGUUUGCACUGACAGGAAUCAAUGGAGAGAAAACAAACCAUUUCACUAACUUUUUUUAUUAUAUGAUUUCAAGCGUUUGUUUCCAUUUUCUUUCUUUACUUUGCCUAAACAAAAGCUUUGAAUGAAUUGAAAUCUUAUACUAGGAGUGUUUAUAACAGUUCGCCAGAUUGCUCGUAUACCUAGGUUAAGCUUCCCUCCGAGGAAGUAUGACUGCUGGUCACCAUGAAAAACUGCUCGUAAACGUGGUAAUUUUGAAAAAUGUAUUAUCAACUAGAGCAGAUUGCGCGCUGCGGAAUAAAUUUCAGACUGGUCAUUC